AUGUCGUCCAGUUCUUGUGGAACGAACACCAAGAAACAGAAACUGCACCACCAUCAUCAGGCGUCGUUGGACGUCAACGGUGGUAGCGGCAGUGCGUCGACGGCUCUACUUGAUGGUGCAGUUCAAAAAAUAACCACCCAGCAAUGGAAACCAGAUUUCACAAAUGACCCAUUUCCACUGUUUGUAACAUGGGAGACCGGAGUAGACAAGAAACUCAGGGGAUGCAUCGGCACAUUCAAUUCAAUUGCUUUACACAGUGGCUUACGCGAAUACGCCAUAACAAGUGCACUGAGGGAUUCACGUUUCAAACCAAUCUCAAACGACGAAUUGAACCGAUUACAUGUAACAAUAUCGAUAUUGUUACACUUCGAGGAAGGCAAAGAUUACAACGAUUGGGAAAUCGGCGUUCACGGUAUACGCAUUGAAUUUCAAAACGAACGUGGAAUAAGGCGAACUGCUACCUAUUUACCAGAAGUGGCUGAAGAACAAGGCUGGGACAAAAUACAAACAAUUGAUUCACUCCUGCGCAAAGGAGGUUAUCGAGGUCAUGUGACACCCGAGACUCGCCGUUCUUUAAAAUUGACAAGAUACCAAAGCGAAACUGUAUCAGUCAGUUUCCAAGACUAUAUGAACCAUAUGCAAACCGUACGUUGCUAG